AUGGACGACCUAGACAUAGAGCUAGACGUCAUUGGCCAACAGCCUUUCAUGGUCAAGAUCUACACCCAAGUCAGCUUCUGCUUCCCCAUCACCGACCCCUCCACGCACCCAGCCAUCACCGCCACCCUCAAAAGCGGCCUGCAGCGUCUCUCACAGAGCUUUCCCUGGGUAGCAGGCCAAGUCAAAGACGAUGGCACUGGCGUAUUCCAUAUCAAACCGUUUGAGUCCACGCCGCGACUGGUAGUCAAGGAUCUUCGCGAUGACCCCUCAGCACCGACAAUGGAGGGCUUGAGAAAGGUAGAGUUUCCUAUGAGCAUGUUUGACGAGAACAAAAUUGCGCCAAAGAAGACUCUUCCUUUUGGCCCUGAUUACUCGCCUGAUGAUCCCUCGCCUGUACUGAUCUUUCAGCUCAAUUUUAUUGAGGGCGGGCUUAUAUUUACUGUCAAUGGGCAGCAUGGGUGCAUGGAUAUGACGGGCCAGGAUGAGCUGAUUCGAUUGCUGUCCAAAGCUUGUCGUGGUGAAGCUUUCUCCGAACAAGAGAUAUCAACAAUGAAUCUUGACCGCAAGACCAUUGUUACUCCUCUCCAGAACUAUGAACUUGGGCCUGAGCUGGAUCAUCAAAUCAUCAAACCCCCUCCAACCACUGAAGCCCCGCCAACACCACCAAAGGCAAGCUGGGCAUUCUUCUCAUUCAGUCCACAAGCUCUAUCCGAGCUCAAGGAUAAGGCGACACGGACUCUUGAUGGGCAAUCUAAAUUCGUGUCAACAGACGAUACCCUCUCAGCGUUUAUCUGGCAAUCCGUCAGCCGCGCCCGUCUCCCCCGUCUAGACGAUUCCACCUCAACUGAAUUCUGCCGCGCCGUCGAUGUACGCACUCAACUAGAAGUGCCAAAAACCUACCCCGGAAUCCUCCAAAACAUGACCUACAGCGUCUCAAACCUCUCCCAAAUCGCCAACGAGCCCCUCGGCAUUUCAGCUUCACGGCUGCGGUCUCAACUCGGCCGCGAUGAUCUCCGCCGGCGAACGCAAGCCCUGGUGACAUACCUCCAGGACCAGGAAAACAGGGCAAAAGUAUCUGUCACGGCAGACGCAAAUCCAUCAACGGAUAUCAUGCUGAGUUCAUGGGCGAAGCUAAAAUGCUGGGAAUACGACUUUGGACUUGGAUUAGGAAAGCCAGAGAGUGUGAGAAGGCCGUUAUUCGAGCCGUUUGAGAGUUUGAUGUAUCUUAUGCCCAAGCGAUUAGAUGGCGAGAUCACGGCGGCGAUAUCAUUGAGGGAUAAGGAUAUGGAGAGGUUGAAGGGUGAUGAGGAGUGGAAAAAGUAUGGCAAGUUUAUUGGCUAG